GUGCAAGUCACGUGGUAUCCCUUUCUUGAAUUCUUUAAGGCUUAAGCUUUCUUGUUCUAUCCAAAAUUGAACCUUGCAGUAAAAUAUCAAUUUUUAAUGCGAUAAAACCCAACUGAGUAAUUUCAUCUGUGAAAAAGCUUCAAUCUUUGGUGAGGAAGAAAAAACGAGUAUUGGAUUGACAAUGGAUUCGGGUGAUGCAUCCGGGUAUACAGCUGGGGUGGAUGAUGAUUAUGAAUCUUUACUUUCAACGACUGAUGCGGAGCUCUUGAAACGGGCUUGGCGGAAUGAAAAAGCUGCUCCUGAAAUUCUUCAAUUUGAGUCUUCUUUGGUUCAAAGAUCCAGAGAACAAAUUCAAUUGAUGGAAGAAACAAUAGAGGAAUUUUCAAACAAUGCCGUUGAUCCGCUCACUGUGUCUCUUUACCAGAUGGACCUAGAUAGAACUUUGUUUCUAUUAAGAUCAUAUCUAAGAACCCGUCUCCAAAAGAUUGAAACUUAUGCAUUUCACAUACAAAAAACCACUGACUUAUGGAACCGUCUAUCUAAACAAGAGCAGAAAUAUGCUGAAAGGUGUAUUGACGACAUGGAGCAACAUCUAGAUCAGUCUGUUCUCUCAAAGUUGCCUCAUGGCUUCAAGUCCCACUUGAAGCAAUCUUCCCUAAGUUUGGCAGAUGACAUGGUUCCCGAGCCGCAGCUGGAUCAAUAUGUUAUCUGCAGAAGCAAGAGAUUUUUGGGGUCUUUUCAGCUUGAUGACAGUGGAGAAGAACCAGUGAACAUUGAAGCCAAUGAUUUGUAUGCUCUCCCUUACAAGUCCAUAAAACCACUUGUGGAGAGCGGGCAGAUCGAUCUGGUAUGAGAGUCUAGGAACUGCUGCCCCUUUGUUUUCUGGCCGCGGCUAUUUCAGAAAUCAAGAAUUACAUUAUCCAACAAUGGCAUAGUUUGUAACAAACGCAGCAUAGGAACUUUAACUCUUUUACGAUCUCUUUAACUACUGAAUGUCAAUCUAUUUUCGUUUCUUAAUGAUAUUUAAUGAUAUUCCCUCCGUUCACUUUUA